CGUCGAUGACAGAACUUGUCGACUCCAAGUUCGCUCGCAUUACUCCUUUCCAUCAACAUGCCCCCUCAAUAACGUCGACAUCCUUAAACUACGCCGGCAUGGCUACAAACUCGAUCAAACUCUUGACUGGCAACAGUCACCCCGACCUUGCCAAAGCCGUCGCCACAAGGUUGGGCAUCGAGCUUACAAAGAUUAUGGUCUUGCAAUAUUCCAACCAGGAGACUAGUGUAACCAUUGGUGAAUCCGUGAGAGACGAAGAUGUAUUUAUCUUACAGUCCACUCGGCCAAAUGAUAUCAACGACGGCCUCAUGGAACUCCUCAUCAUCUGUAACGCAUGCAAGACUGCCUCCGCCCGUCGAGUCACUGCAAUCCUCCCGAACUUUCCCUACGCUCGACAGGACAAAAAGGAUAAAUCUAGAGCACCCAUCACUGCUAAGUUGAUGGCAAAUAUGCUGCAAACUGCAGGAUGCAACCAUGUCAUCACUAUGGACCUGCAUGCUUCUCAGAUUCAGGGCUUUUUCAACGUCCCCGUGGACAACUUGUACGCCGAGCCCAACUCGGUGAAAUGGAUCCGAGAAAACUUGAUGCAUGCUACCGAGGACAAUGCCGAAAUCAACGGGCAAAAGCAGGACUGUGUUAUUGUGAGCCCCGACGCGGGUGGCGCAAAGCGCGCAACGUCCAUGGCCGACCGACUCGAUCUUCCCUUUGCCCUAAUUCAUAAAGAACGAUCUCGUCCAAAUGAAGUCAGUCGUAUGACCCUUGUCGGAACUGUCGAAGGCAAGAUCGCAAUUCUCGUGGACGAUAUGGCAGAUACAUGUGGAACGCUGGCCAAGGCUGCGGAUACCCUCAUUAAGCAUGGGGCCAAGGAUGUUGUUGCUCUCGUCACCCACGGCAUCCUCUCUGGCAAAGCAGUGGAAAUCCUCAAAAACUCAAAGUUGUCUCGGCUCGUCAUCACGAAUACUGUGCCCAUAUCGGAAGACAAAAUCGAAGCACUCAAAGUCGAAGAUGGCCAGAAGGGUUGUCGACUCGAGUUUAUCAACAUUGCCCCUGUCCUGGCCGAGGCGAUCAGGCGGACACAUAAUGGCGAAAGUGUUAGUUAUCUCUUCAACCAUGCCGUGUGAGCGGUACAGCAGUGCCAAGCGACAUGUCCCUGGAUUCUUUAUCUCUCGGCACAUCCUUGGCCGAAAUGGUCUGCGCAAUUUUUCUUGAGCCUAGUGGGAUGUUCUAUUUUUUACAUUAUGGGCCUCUGAAUCAGGAUAGACGAGAACAAUACCCAAAGUACUUCUGCAUGCCAAAAUGCAGACACCUCUGCUCGCUAACAGAGAUAUUCAUUGCACCAUCGACAGGACCAUUACCUCCUCCAAUCCCCCAGCGAGAUUCAUCAACGGAGACUCAGGUCGGCUAUCUAUUUCCAGGAUGUGAAACCAUUUGACUUGUUGUUGAUGGGAGUAGAGCCCUAGCACUCCCAGCGAGUAAGAAAACACGGCCGGUGUGAUGGCACUUCCAUUUGUACCGUCCAGUAGACGGAAACAUCCAUCGGGCCUACGACAUUAGUGACGUAGCGUAGAUAGAGCACCAUGAACGAAUUGCUCUGAUGCGACGAGCUCAACAUUUGAAUAUUGAGCAAGUAUCACAAGACAUUUUCAUGCUUGCGCAACCAAGCCCUGACCAUCUCGAUCCCGGAUAUCGAUCUUCUGACCACGGAGGAUGUGUCAGCCCAGAUUACGCUGGAGAGAGGAAUGCACUGGUUGAAAGAAUGUGGAUAUAGUUCCCGCAGAGAAGAUUGAAUUGACCAGACGGUGGAGUAUUUUCAAGCAGUUGAGGCAAUUGACGGCACCCACAGCGCAGGAUGUGGGUGGAGGACAAUUCAAAGCUAGGUGCGAAGCAUUCGUUUGGCUCGGUCUCUGAUAUCAUGCAUCAAACCCAGUUGACGCUCAUGUGGG